GCCAUUCCUACCCAAAACUGCUCCAAGCAGGGUUCGAGCCGACUUCCUGUACAGCACUAUAGUCCGUUUAUUUUGUCUUUAUUAUGUGCUGUCUAAAUACACCUAGAAUUGGAAACGACUGCGUUCAAGUGAGAGUGCGCGUGUAUAAGUAUCAUUACGGUAAUAUCAUGUAAACGGAAGAGUGUGCGGCACUAUCACUGUGUUUACGGUAAUAUCAACAACAACAGAGAAGCUGCGCUAACAGAAGCGGACUGUUUCCCUGCACUGUUUGAGGUCUGUUCCAUCAUGAUGUUCAGUGAAGCCAUGAAUGAAGUUGAGGAGAAACAUCAGUGUCAGAAACCUCAGAAUCUUGUAAUGCAAGAAAUGUCUUCUAGUAGUUUGCAAAAGAACAAGAUUUACUCUUCAGAAAGCAAGCACGGGACAGAAGCAGGCGAGCCUUUCACCUGCUCUCAGUGUGGAAAGAGUUUCAAACAGAAAAGUCAUCUUAAGGAGCACAUGAAAACUCACACUGGAGAGCGUCCAUACACGUGUCCUCAGUGUGGAAAGAGUUUCAAACAGAAAUCAAUGCUUGAGGAGCACAUUAGAACUCACACUGGAGAGCGUCCAUACACAUGUACUCAGUGUGGAAAGAGUUUCAACCGCAAAGCAACGCUUUAUGAGCACAUUAGAACUCACACUGGAGAGCGUCCAUACACAUGUACUCAGUGUGAAAGGAGUUUUAAACAGAGAUCAACGUUUGAUAAGCACAUAAAAAUUCACACUGAAGAGCGCAGAUACGCAUGUCCUCAGUGUGGAAAGAGAUUUAAACAGAGAUGUACGCUUGACGUGCACAUAAAAAUUCACACUGAAGAGCACCGAUACGCUUGUCCUCAAUGUGGGAAGAGUUUUACACAGAAACAUUAUCUUGAGGAGCACAUAAGAAUUCACACUGGAGAGCGACCAUACACAUGUCUUCAGUGUGGAAAGAGUUUCACACAGCAAAAUCAUCUUAAGGUGCACAUUAAAAUUCACAGUGGAGAGCGACCGCACACAUGUCCUCAGUGUGGAAGGAGUUUCACACACAAAACAACGCUUGAUGAGCACAUGAUAAUUCACAGUGAAGAGCGCCCUUACCCAUGUCUUCAGUGUGGAAAGAGUUUUAAAGAGAGAUCGAUGCUUGAGGUCCACAUGAGAAUUCACAGUGAAGAGCGCCCAUACGUAUGUCCUCAGUGUGGAAAGAGAUUUAGACAGAAAUCAACGUUUAAGGUUCACAUGAGAAUUCACUCUGGAGAGCGUCCAUACACAUGUACUCAGUGUGGAAAGGGUUUCAGACAGAAAAAUCAUCUUAAUGUCCACAUGAGGGUUCACACUGGAGAGCGUCCAUACACGUGUCCUCACUGUGGAAAGAGUUUCAAACAGAAAACACGUCUGGAGGUGCACAAGAAAAUUCACAUUGGAGAGCGUCAAUGAACAUGCCUUCACCAUAAAAUGUAGAUUUGCUCUAAAAGGAACACUUCAUCUGAGAAAUUAAAUUAGCCUAUAUUUUACUCACUCUCACAGUGGAAUUUGAAAAUAGCAUUUAAAUUCUCUUUAUGUUUCAUAUUCUUGUGGUGUUUGCUGUCUUCUGUUGAGCUCUACAUGCUAUUAUACAGUAAAGUCAGCAGAAGUCACUAGAUAUGACGACAAUCAAACUACUAAGGUGUUGACAAAGACUAGUGAUGGGUCGUUCAUGAACGAAUCUGUAAAAUGACUCGGGAGUAACGAGUGUCUCAGUGAGUGAUUCGUUCAUUUUGUGUUAACUGCACGUGUGCAACAUUGUGCCAGAAACAGUAAUGAAGUUCGUCUCUCGAGUCAUCGGGUCCGAGUCCUUAUACCGGAAAGAGAAAUGAUUAGUUCGUCUCUCGAGUCAUCGGGUCCGAGCCCUUUUGUUCUUUUGUCAAACGGUAGCUCCGCAGGCAAACCUGCAGCCUGUACCGGAGUCUUCGAGUCCGAGUCUUUAACGUUACGUGACCACUUCCCGGAUCAUCAGUCAAAUGCAUGAUGUACGUGUUAUAUGUUGUAUUAUAGGAAGAAAUAUUGUAAAAUGAUCAAAAGAUAUGUGCAAUAAACAUCUUCUCUAAAACGUACCGUUCUGUUCUUUUUUCUGUCAGUAUAUUCAUAAAUGUUUCUUGUGGAUUUCUGCAUGUGUUUUUAAUUUAUCUUAAUAACUAACUAUUUUGCAUAAGAACUGUGCUGGCAAAAUAUAAACAUAAGCAACACUAGUAAAGUCAGUGUUUAUGUCUAAUGCAUAUAUCACACAAGUGAUCUCUUAUUAAAUAAUUGCACAUUUAAAUGAUUUCAAUAGCCUAUUAUUAUAUACUUUGCAAACUGCAUGAGACUUUUUAGUAAAAAACAACAACCUGUAAACCUUAUUGCAUACCUGAGUGACCCAA